CGGUGAAGCCAGACCAGGGGAGCCAGACGAGGAGGAGGAAGGACCUGGAGAAAGAGACUGAAGCUGAGAGAGUGAGAAAGUGAUUUAAAAGAAGAGGAUAAGUUUCCUAAAUCUGCCGCCCGAAGGCAAAGGUGGAUGAGAAGUUAAAGCUGAAAACGUUUGCCUGACACAGGAGGAGGAGCAGCAGCCUGGGGGGGACCAACAGUUUGGCUUUUUUUUAGAGCAACAACAGGACAGGAUGAGGUACCAAGGAAGGGAGGUGGAUGUUGAAGGAAGAGUGCGCCUGGUGAUGGAGGGCGCCCUGACAGCCCGGGACAGGGUUGGGGUGCAGGACUUUGUCUUGCUUGAAAACUACAACAGUGAAGCAACCUUCAUAGAGAACCUGCGGAGACGCUUCAGAGAGAAUCUCAUCUAUACGUACAUUGGCUCAGUGUUGGUGUCGGUGAACCCGUACAAAGACCUGGAGAUUUACUCCAAGGCGCAGAUGGAGCGCUACAGAGGGGUCAGCUUCUACGAGAUAUCGCCUCACAUCUACGCACUGUCAGACAACACUUACAGAGCCAUGCGGACGGAGAGGAAGGACCAGUGUAUUCUUAUAUCAGGUGAGAGCGGAGCAGGUAAAACAGAGGCCUCCAAGAAGAUCCUCCUCUACUACGCUGUGACCUGCCCCACUAAUGACCGCAUGGCUUCCUUUGGUGACCGCCUACUGCAGUCCAACCCGGUUCUGGAGGCAUUUGGCAACGCAAAAACUCUAAGGAAUGACAACUCCAGUCGCUUUGGAAAAUACAUGGACGUCCAGUUUGACUUUAGGGGGGCACCAGUGGGCAGCCACAUCAUGAACUUCCUGCUGGAGAAAUCACGUGUGGUGAACCAGAACCAAGGGGAGAGAAACUUCCACAUCUUUUAUCAACUCCUGGAUGGAGGAGACGACGACCUGCUCAGAACACUGGACCUGGAGAGAAACCCACAGAACUAUGACUACCUGGUCAAGGGCAACUGUCCCAGACUCAGCUCUGUCAGUGACAAGAAUAAUUGGAAAGUUGUGAUGAAGGCUCUGUCGAUUAUCGGCUUCACUGAGGAGGAAGUGCAGAUAAUGCUGAACAUCAUUGCCGGUGUCCUCCACUUGGGAAACAUUCAGUUUGGAGAAGGGGAAGAGGGAGAAACUUAUAUCACCACUGAGACCCGGCUGAACCAUCUUGCAAAGCUGCUGGGUGUUGAUGGCUCAGCCCUCGGGGAGGCACUCACUCACAAGAAACUCACUGCCAAAGGAGAGGAGAUGAUCAGCCCUCUAAACUUUGAGCAGGCAGUUGCUGCCCGUGAUGCUUUAGCCAAGUCUAUGUAUGGUCGGACCUUCACUUGGAUGGUGCAGAAGAUUAACCAGUCACUGACUUUGAAGGAUGAGAUCUACCCCAGCAGCAAAGCCUCCUCAGUUAUUGGGCUUCUGGACAUCUAUGGCUUUGAGGUCCUACAGCACAAUAGCUUUGAGCAGUUCUGCAUCAACUACUGCAACGAGAAGCUCCAGCAGCUGUUUAUUGAGCUCACUCUGAGGUCCGAGCAGGAGGAGUACGAGACUGAGGGAAUUGCAUGGGAGACGGUGGAAUACUUCGACAACAAGAUCAUCUGUGACCUGAUAGAGGAGAAGCACAAAGGCAUCAUAUCUAUUCUGGAUGAGGAGUGUCUCCGGCCUGGAGAAGCCUGCGAUAUUUCCUUUUUGGAGAAGCUAGAGGACACGCUGGGGGGACAUCCACAUUUUGUCACUCACAAGUUGGCAAAUGGAAAAACUCGCAGGGUAAUGAGCAGGGAGGAGUUCAGGCUGCUGCAUUAUGCUGGAGAGGUCAACUACAACGUCAACGGCUUCCUCGACAAAAACAACAAGUGGCUGAACAGGAACCCGAAAGAGGUCAUGUGCCAGUCAGAAAACCCGAUCCUGCGGCACUGUUUCCGCAGAAAGGAAGUGACAGACCAGAAACGCCCAGAGACGGCUGCCACUCAGUUUAAAACCAGUCUGAUGAAACUUAAGGAGAUCCUCAUGUCCAAAGAGCCGUCCUAUGUCCGCUGUAUCAAACCUAAUGAUGCCAAGCAGCCAGAUAGGUUUGAUGAAGUCCUGGUCCGACACCAGGUGAAGUACCUGGGCCUGAUGGAAAACCUGAGGGUCAGGAGAGCUGGCUUUGCCUAUCGACGCCGCUUUGAGGCCUUCCUGCAGAGGUAUAAACCCCUGUGUCCGGAGACCUGGCCUAAUUGGCAUGGCAGACUUGCUGAUGGUGUCUCAACACUGGUCAACCACCUGGGAUACAAGGAAGAGGAAUACAAACUGGGCAGGUCAAAAAUCUUCAUCCGCUUCCCAAAAACUCUCUUCACCACUGAGGAUGCACUUGAAGCCAAAAAGCCAGACAUAGCUUUGGCCCUGCAGACAUCAUGGAGAGGCUACAGGGAGAGAGCGAAGUACCAGCGCAUCAGAAAUGCAGUGAUAGUGAUCCAGGCUGCAUGGCGAGGGAUGAAAGCACGCAGGAGGGCAAGGAGGCGACGACAGGCUGCCGAGUUAAUCCGCAGGUUCAUCAAAGGCUUCAUCUACCGGCACGAAGAAUACUGCCCUGAGAAUGACUACUUCCUGGACCAUAUUCGCUGCUCAUUCCUCAAAAACCUACGUAACAACCUGCCCAAGAGUGUGUUGGAUAAAAGCUGGCCGACGCCUCCUCCCUUACUCACUGAGGCCUCUGAGCACCUGCGAAGGCUGCACAUGAGGAACAUGGUCACCAAGUACUGCAGGAGAGUGCAGCCUGAAUGGAAGAAGCAGAUGAUGCAGAAAGUUAUAGCAAGUGAGAUCUUCAAGGAUCAGAAAGACAGCUACCCUGCAAGUGUUGGAAGGCUGUUUUUGGACUCCAGGCUAGAACGUGAGCAGGUCAAUCUGAAAGUGGUCCAGACCCUCGGAAAUGACAAAGUGCAGUACGGGGUUUCGGUCAUUAAGCAUGACAGGAGGGGAUACAAGCCGCACCCGCGCCAGCUGCUCCUCACAAACACCUUUGCUGUGCUGGUGGACAGAGCCAAGAUCAAACAGAAGAUUGAGUACGCCACCCUAAGAGGUAUCUCUGUGAGCUCUCUCAGCGAUGGCAUGUUUGUUAUUCACUUGCCCAAUGAGGACAAUAAACAGAAGGGCGAUCUGGUGCUGCACUGUAACCACGUGAUCGAGCUGGUGACCAAACUCUCCAUGAUGGCCAGCAAGGUCAACUACGUCAACGUCAGCCCGGGCAGUAUCAAGUUUGCUGUUUCUCGAGGCAAAGAGGGAAUCAUUGAUUUUGUUCGCGGAUCAGAGCUAAAGGUCACCAAAGGCAAGAGAGGACAUCUGCUAGUGACGGCCCCUCGGAUCGACAACACAUGAAGAAACAGAAACCUGCAACCAGACGAACAGUAAAAGGACGACACCCAGAGCUCCCGUAGAAUACUAAACAGAAGGAAGAUCCCUUAUUAAUUCAUAUCCAUCCUCAUUAUUACAAGAACACCUUCAGUACUGCAAUAAUAACUGCUAUUUUUGUAAAAAUCUAAAAAUGAUAACACGAAGUGGCCACUGUUUCA